UCAUCACACCAGAGUUAUAAACUUCAAACAAAAUCCUAAGAUUAAGAUCAAAUAUUUCGAGUUUGUUUUUCUUUUUUUUUUUUUCAAAUUCAAAUCAUUUUAUUAUUAAGGUAUCCAAUGAGUCGUCGUGCAGCUGCACUGAUUUCCAAGCUGCUUGUUGGGCAGACGGAAAGCUCCAGGCUGUUCUCGACAACCACGUUUACGAGUAACGUGGGUGCCAAUGGUGCUUUCAAGAUUUUGGGAGCAAGAUUUAUGAAUUAUGGAGCUCCUAGGGCCUAUGUUCUUGAAGCUAGGUAUUGGAGCACGGUUGCCUCCAAUGGUGCAAGAGAGGAAAAAUCGGUGCCAAAAUUGGGCUCCGACAAUGAGAAUGAGGAUGAUCGCGGUGGCAAGGCUGUCGUGAGCAGCUACUGGGGGGUGGAGCCACCUAAGGUAAUCAAGGAAGACGGCUCGCCCUGGCGAUGGAACUGCUUUCGGCCAUGGGAGACAUAUGAAGCAGAUACUUCAAUUGAUGUGAAGAAGCACCAUGAGACAAAGACAUUCAUGGACAAGUUUGCUUAUUGGACUGUCCAGGCUCUCAAGUACCCCACAUACUUGUUCUUUCAGAGACGGCACAUGUGUCACGCCAUGCUGCUAGAGACCGUGGCGGCUGUGCUGCUGCUGCACUGCAAGUCGCUGAGGCGGUUCGAGCACAGUGGUGGCUGGAUCAAAGCCCUCCUAGAAGAGGCAGAGAACGAGAGGAUGCACCUCAUGACAUUCUUAGAGUUGUCGCAGCCGGAAUGGUACGAGAGGGCGCUUGUCUUUGCGGUACAAGGUGUAUUUUUCAAUGCAUAUUUCCUGGCCUAUGUGUUGUCUCCCAAACUAGCACAUCGGAUAGUAGGCUACCUCGAAGAAGAGGCAGUCAAUUCGUACACAGAGUUUUUGAUUGAUUUGGAAAAGGGCCUCGUAGAGAACAGACCCGCCCCUGCCAUCGCCAUCGACUACUGGCGGCUGCCACCCAAUUCGACACUGAAAGAUGUCGUCACGGUCAUCAGGGCCGAUGAGGCGCACCACCGUGACCUUAAUCAUUUUGCAUCGGACAUCCAAUGUCAAGGGCACGAGCUGAAGGAAUAUCCAGCUCCACUUGGAUAUCACUGAAGAAAUUAAUCCACUGGCGCGAACUAUAUAGUGAACUAAAUUUAUUAUAAUGCCAAAUAAUUAAAUACCCUGUAAAGAAAUUAAUUUAAUUAAAUUUUUUUGUUGAUAUUGUGCUACUUAUAUAAAUAAAUAAAAUAAAUCAUUGUACCUUGUAAUGUUUAAUAUUCACUGCAAGAGACUGAUAUGGAAAUUACUGACUUUUUGUAUUCUAAAA